AUGCCUCUGCCUGCAUCACACGAACAAAUCCCAUCCAUGCCUUCGCGCUCUCCCGCCCUUCUCGACAGACUUUAUCCCCAAACACUGACAAACAACGACAGACCUCAGGCUCAGAGACAGAACCGUACGUGGAAGCGUGACAUCUCCAGCUGGCAACAGCCCGCAGCACCUCAAAGUCUGGCGAUCCAAGAUAGAGAUCGCCAGAGACAAAGCCGACAUGCUGGACUCCUUGCUGAAAUUACAUAUGCACAAUCGAGGGGCACAACCGAUCAGGCCGGAUCAGGCACCGCUCUGGUGAGUCACACUGCAUCCAUGACCAUCACCAACACAAACCCCACCGCCAUGAUCCGGCCCCAUGGUCAUUUAACAGAAGGCGAGCGGAGUAUCGUGGUCACCUUGGGCCCCAUGUUGCCGGUACCAAGUCUUCUUCUGGUCGUCCACGGAGAGAGUCAGAUGGUGGAGAUCACGAUCUGGCUGAUCGGCCGUCUACUCCUCCCCACGCCACAUCAUUUCAACUAUGCACAGAUGCAGGUUCCCCUGACAGCGAUAGCGGUGGUGCCCGAGUGA